UAUAUGAGUGAUGGGGUAUGAAUGUGGUCAAACGGCGGUAGCACUGCCACCGCGCUUUAGGCUGACCGCAUGCAGGCCUUCCGCAGAUCCCGCCGUUUGGCUCAUUGAAAGAUGUUCCCCACGGCAGAUGGCCUGUAUCAACUCACAUGAGCAGGACUCAGGAGCAAUAUUGUGCGCACACAGAAUAUUUUCAUCGAAUCCCCGACAUUCUCAGAAUACAAAUGUCGGCUUUGAUCGUCGCCUACCAAAUUUCCUGGGCGCCACCUAGAACUUCUACCCAGGGCACUGAACACUCCAGGCAAGUCAAACGGGGAGCUGGGGUGGAAAUCGGCUACUGGAUGGUUCCGGAUGGAUGUGGCCCACAUAAUGGGCAGGGAUGGGCAGAAUGGCAAAUACUUUAUUCGGGUGUAUUGAACGGGGCAGGAGAGGGUGAAACGGUGGGGAUACAGGCAGCUACCUUUAUCACAUUUGACGCGUCAAUCCUCACCCUUCAGGCCGACUUUUCCAGUGGCCUCACCCUUUUGACAACAGCUCCCACUGCCAAUGAAUUCCUCAGAGCUACAGAGGGUCCAUUUGCGGAGUUGAAAGAGCUAGUUAUGCAGCAUACUUCAAUUGCAAACAGACCACGAUUUCAACCCCUCGCCCCCCCGGAGAAAAUUUUGAAGGAGAUUGUGCAGAAGAUAUGGGGUCAUUCAUCUGUUCAGACAGUUGAUGAUAUUGGCGAGAUUCUAGAGAACGGACACGUCACAGAUGAUUUGAGCCUCGAAGUUUUUUUGGAAGCUUGCAUCGCAGGCUAUGCCAAGAAAAGGGAGAGGUCACCCCAAGAAGUCAUGAAACGUUUCCGAUUACACAAUCCUUCCGAAGCGGGCCAAACGGCCUGGCAGGCAUGGCUCAAGCUUCACCCUGGAAUUGAUAGUCAAGAGGCUGCAAGGCUGCAUAAAUCACACCAAGAAGCUGUUGAGAAGCACUACCCCGAUUGCGCGGCAGAGGUGAAUGCAUUUUACGAAAAAGUCCUGAUACAUUGUGGAGACAUUGUUUUGUCAAAGGAUGAAAGGGAUGCUAAACCCAACGAAGGCCUCUAUCUGUUGCAGAAGGUAACUGGAAAGUACGCCGCUCAGCUUGCCGCACUCAGCACCAUUCACCCCAUUGGUGUGGCUGUAGUGGGAUUCAUAGCAGACGACACACUUUCCCCUUGA